CUUGUGCAGCCCCCCGGUCCGAAGGGCGGGUACCAGGGGCCCAGCGAGUCCCGCCUGAUCCGUUAUCAUGCCUGCUCAGGGUCAGCGCCACCCACGCUGCAGGUGUCGGUUCCCAAGCAGCCCCGGGUCCUCCGGUCUCACGGACGAGGGGUAUAAAUAGACAGGCUGCCUGCCGAGGCUCAGAGCAGACAGAGCAGACUGAGCCGCCAUGAAACUCCUCGUCCUCCUCGCCCUGUGCGGAGCAGCAGUCGCCACCCCAGUGGAUGACGAUGACAAGAUCGUCGGGGGGUACGAAUCUCUCAGGCGUAUCCAGGUGCGUCUGGGUGAGCACAACCUUGCUGUGAACGAGGGCAGUGAGCAGGUGAUCUCCUCCUCUCGUGUCAUCCGCCACCCCAGCUUCAACAGCAACACCCUGAACAACGACAUCAUGCUGAUCAAGCUGGAGAGAGCUGCCACCCUCAACAGCUAUGUGAACACGGUGGCCCUGCCCACCAGCUGCGCGGGCACUGGCACCCAGUGCCUCAUCUCUGGCUGGGGCAACACGCUGAGCAGCGGCAGUAACUACCCCGACCGCCUGCAGUGUCUGAACGCCCCCAUCCUCAGUAGCAGUGCCUGCUCCAGCGCCUAUCCUGGCCAGAUCACCAGCAACAUGUUCUGUGCUGGAUUCCUGGAAGGAGGCAAGGACUCAUGCCAGGGUGACUCUGGGGGUCCAGUGGUCUGUAGUGGUCAGCUCCAGGGUGUGGUGUCCUGGGGAUAUGGCUGUGCCCAGAAGAACAAGCCAGGUGUCUACGCCAAGGUGUGCAACUAUGUCUCCUGGAUCAGGAGCACCAUGUCGUCCUACUGAAGGAAACCCUGAGAGAAAGACAAAGAGAGACAAAGAGAAAUAAAGUGUAAA